AUGGAUCGAUUUCAGCUCGCCGACUCGGACGGAACGAUCUCCGACUUCGACGAGGAUCACUCCAGCCUGCCUUUCCCCGAGCCGCUCUCGCGCGCCUCCUUUCUGGGUGAUAAUUUCGACCCCGCAGUCUUCCUCUCGUCCUUGAGAAAUCGUCAUCAGACACUUGAGGAUCUUCGGCAAGAGCUGCGCCAGCUAGAACAAGGAUUGAACAAGGAGCUACUGGACCUGGUCAACGAGAAUUACCAGGACUUCCUGUCCCUCGGCACCGCGUUGCGCGGCGGAGAAGAGAAGGUUGAAAGCGUCAAGGUUGGCCUGCUGUCAUUCCAGCGAGAUGCACAAGGACUGCGAGACAAGGUAGACGCCCGUCGCCAGGAAUUAGAGGGUCUGUUGAAUGAGAAGAGACAACUCCGUGCUCAAGCAGAUGUCGGCAAGGAUCUGUUGGUCUAUGCCGAUCGCAUCGAGGAAUUGGAGUAUCGACUCAUGAUCGCCGAUAAGACUACGCCGAAGGAGACCGACUCGGCUGACGCAGAGUCAUCCUCGGACUCAGACACAGACCUCUACGGCAGCGGCAGCGAUGACAGCGAUGCGGAGAAUGAGGACCAAGGCACGGCUCCCGUGUCACCCAAACGCUUAGAAAGGCACGUUCAGGCCUAUGUCUUUCUAAAUUCGAUUGCCAAAAGAGUGGGCGAACAACAUCCAUUCCUACGCGCGCAGCAACCGCGCGUGUCCAAGGUCAGAUCCACCAUCCUACUGGAUUUGAAGACCGCCUUGGAACGGGCUGGUCCCGCAGGUGAGGCUCGAGACGCACGGACUAUGGCGGUUCUGCGCCUGUACGACUUGAUGGGCGAAGAUGUUAGCGCUGUCGCGGCGCUGAAGAACCUCAAAGUAUAG